AUGAGUGGUGGGGGAGUCACUGUCCAUCGAUUUGAUACCGCUCAGGAAUACAAUUGCUCCAAUGGAAUCCAAUGGAUCGAGCGGAUAUUCUCCGAUUGUGUGGAUACGGAGUUGAAGCUACUCGGUUUUAUAAUUGGAAUAAUAUCUCUGCUACUCUGGCUGGUUCCUUUGUUUCCACAACUUCUUCAAAACUUUAAAACGAAGAAAUGUGAUGGUCUCUCCUUAGUAUUCUUAUUUUUUUGGCUUGUCGGAGACACGUGCAAUAUGUUGGGUGCGGUUCUUACUAAUCAAACACCCAUUCAAAAGAUUAUUGGUGUCUAUUACAUUUUCCAAGAUUUGGUAUUGUGGGCACAAUACGGAUAUUAUACAAAGUUAUAUCCUAAUCUUAGGAGUCAACGAAGUUCGACUAUUGUUGUACCAUGCUUAGCGCUAACGUCAUUUAAUGGUGUAGUGUUUGACGCAAUCUUAACAAAUCGUUUCAGGCAGAACUCCCUUCUAGAUUACGCCUUGAAGAUGUGGCCAAUAUUUGAAAGCUAUACUGAUAUGGCUGGUUAUAUAAUCGGGUCGAUAGCAGCACUCUGUUACUUCGGAGGUCGCAUACCCCAGAUAAUCAAGAACUACAGAAGAAAAAGUUGUGAGGGUCUUUCCCUGCUGAUGUUCUAUAUUAUUGUGGCCGCCAAUCUCACUUACGGAGUGUCUGUGCUCCUGGCGACGACUGAUUGGUUGUUUCUCGUCAGGCAUCUUCCAUGGCUUGCAGGAAGCUUGGGUUGUGUAUUGUUCGACAUUGUAGUUAUAUCUCAAUACUACUACUACUUCAAUCAGAAGAAUCGUGAAUCGGAAGACAUCGAGAGGGAGGGUCUCCUUGAAAACUCUGACCACGUAGAUAUUGACUGA